AGUAACGGCUGGUCACGCAUGGGCAUGAGAGAGAGGGUCAGGAUGGAAACAGCUGAAUAGGAGAGGAAUGAGCACUGACUUGGGUGAUUACACUUUGAACAUCCCUACAUCCCUACUCCCACCAGCCUGACCCCACCCAACACCCCUGUCCAGCAAUGUCUCGCCCAGCCAUCCCCCACCUCAGUGCAGGGGCCACAACCUCAGAGGCUCUGUCCCUCCUUCACCAGCGCCUCCUGGUGGCCGAGGAGCAGACUGAAGCUCUCAUCCGUGACAUGAGUUCACUGGGAGUUUCCAGGGAGCAGCUCCUGGGAACUGUGGAGACAACGAACCCUUCCCAUCGGCUUGUGACCCCCCUGAGGAUACGUGAGGCCCUCAUGAGGGAGGCCGGGUGUGAGAGCACGCUGUGGCGACAGUGUGACUCUCUGGUGAGCCGGGUGUGUCGCAUGGAGAGUCUGCUGCAGACCCUCAAACUCACCACGUUCCGCCUGCAGACUGAGAGAGAGCUGGAUCCCUCUCACACAGCUGGUCUCAAGCAGCAGCUUGCAGCGCUGCAGCAGGAGAGUGAGGAGGAGCAGCGGGCCUCCAGGAGGGAGGCGAUGAAGCUGAGGGAGCAGCUUGAGCAGGCCUGCCAGGAGAGAGACGAGGCUCGCACAGAGCUGCAGAGGUUGGGGGAGAUGCUGGAGGUAGCUACUGCUGCCAAGAUGGAUGUGGCUUUGGCUGCUGAGGAGCUGAAGGUCAUCAAAGAGCAGAUGAAUGAAAAACUGAUGGAGAUGAAAGAGCAGAUGUGCCAGGAGUCUGCCUGCUCCUUUGAGGCGAUGAAGUCGCACAGCGAGCUUCUCCUGCGGGUUGAGGAGAUGGAGAAAGCGGUGGAGAUGGAAAGACGUCAGGCUCAGCUGGUGCAGUCGGACCACCAGGCUUUGUAUGUGGAGGUGCAGACCAGCCGGCGGCGGCUCCAGGAGGAGCAGGACACAGGCAGGAGGCUGCAGGAGCGCUGUCACCAGCUCCAAGAGCAGACAGAGGCGAAGGACUCCCUGGUGUCCGAGCUGAAAGCUGAACUGAAAAAUGUUCGUCUGGCCCUUCAGAAACAGCAGACGGAGAAUAGUAAACUUCAGAAAGAGGGUGGGGAGCUGAGAACUGCUGCAGACAAAGUCCAGGCCCUGAAUAAUCAGCUGGAGAGUCAGUGCUCUGAGCUGAGCUCUGCCCUGCGCUUGCUCACUGCAGAGAAUGCAAAGCAACAGUCUGAACAUCAAACCAGCUUAAAGGCUGAGAGGAGUCGUGUGGUCAAGCAGCUGCAAGAGCAAGACCUGCUGUUGGAGGCAGCCAGACGUAAUAUCCAAGCUGAACUGCAGGUGGCGCUGUCACACAAAGUUAGCCUUCAAAUGGAGCUGGAGAAGCUGAAGGCCGAGCACGCUCAGCUCCUGCAGAGCUCCUCCAUCGGUCAGGAGACAGCUGUCACUCAGAAGGAGCUGCUGGAGUGCACAAUCGAGAGGCUGCGGGGGGAGCUGAGCACGGCCCGAAGACAGGAAGAAGCCAUGAGGAAGGAGCGGCAGGGCUCAAAGAAUGAACUGUGCCUGGUUGUCACCAAGUUAGAGGGUGAGAAGAGCGCUCUGGAGACCCAGCUUAGUGAGGCCAAGCGGGAGGGGGAGUCUCUGAGCUCAGCCUUACAGAGGCAGGAGGAGGAGAACAGGAGACUCAUGGGAAAGAUGGCCGCCAUAGAUACGCAACAGCAGGAACAGAUGCUGAGGGAACUAACUGACAACAACAACAAGCUGGCUUAUGAAAAAGGCAAGCUACAGAGCAGAGUGGAUGAGCUGCAGGAGGAGCUGACAGCUUUAAAGCGGGCUGAUACUGCCGCUCCUCAACACAAAAGGGACAAGUUGAGUGAGCUGCAGGCCUGGCAGGGAGUCUGUGGUUCAGGAGGGAGUGUUGUCAGUCAGACGCUGGAAAACAUCCUGGCCUCCCACAGCAGACUCCAACUCGGCAGCCAGACUCUGCAGGAGGAGCUGGGCCGGCCGGAGCAGGAGCUGCUCACGCUCAGGAGGGACAGGCUGCAGACUCAGAGAGAGAUCCGGAAACACCAGGCAAAGGUGGACAAACUCCAGGAGCUCCUAAGCUCUACUCACUCCAAGAACAACAAAGCUCUGAAGUCUUCGCGGAAGGCCUUGGACACAGCCAAGGUGGACAAUAAGAGGCUGGCUAAGAGUUUGGAGCAGGCGGUGUCCACCAGCAGCAGUCUGCAGUCCAAACUGGAGCAGGCCAGAGACCAGCACCGGCUUACCAUCACACUCAGAGAGGAGGAGCUACACAAGGCUCAGACAAAGAUUGGUUGUUUAUCGAAGGAGCUGGACUUGCUAAAGCAUCGAGCUAGUGACGACAACUUAUCCUCCGUGAGGGCAUUGCAUCGCGAAAUAUCAGAGCUGAGAAAGUCUUACGAAGAUUCGUCGGCCAGGUCAGGCGACUUGUCCAGGGCGAACUGGGAGCUGCGACAGCGAGUGACAGAGCUGGAGAGGAUUGUGUCCAAUCAGAAAGCUCGUAUAAGGGAGCAGAAGAGCCGGCUGAAGCAGCAAGUGGAGAACAGAGCUACUUUGGACAACUCCGAGAGAGUCAAGCAGAUAUUGGAGGAAAGCGUCAAGAAGCUGCAAGAGAAAGAAGAAACCAACAGUAAGCUCCAAGAGGCCAGGACAGAGUCUCAGCAGGCUUUGCAGGCUUCAAGUGAGCGGGAGGCAGAAUGGGAGAGAUGGGCCUCUACCAUCCAGCGGUGGGAGACCAAGAGAGAACUGGCUCGCAUUGCUGGAGGACACAAGCCUGGAGGAACACUGCUGCUCACACGCUCGCACUCAUAAUCAUAUACACACAGAGAAAUAAUGUAUGACACACACACGCUAUGCUGCAGAAAAGUAAAUGUGAUCCCAUGGAUUUAUUCAAAACAUUGAACGGACACCAACAAGGAGGAGGAAGUAGCAGCCACGUGUGAAUUAGCAGCUGGGUCGCCAGACGUCUGUGUGUGUUUAUGUGUCUUCAGAAUUUGUGAAUCUGAGUUUUGUGCCAGCCAGUUUUGAACCUCGGGGUGGGGAACAUGCACUCUCAUUAAAACAAACUGUACAACCAUAACAUCUAAUAUACUUUUCAGCUGUACAAAGACGCUUUGUACCUGUAGAUUCUUUAUACAAAAGUAAAAUUUUUCAAUAGUGCUGUGUACAAAUGUAUGGUUUUCCAUCUACCAUAUUUGCACAUUAUUAUGUACAUAGUGUUGGUUUCUGUUUUUUGUUUUUUGUUUUUUUGAUGAAUGACUGAAUAUACAAUGUGA